GUCGCUGGGCACCCAGCUCCAUCCCCUGGCCGCCCCCCCGCGCCCCGCCUCUGCCCCGGCGAGGCCGCCGUCGGCGGACGCCGUCGCGCUGGCCGCCUCGCGGGCCGCCCAGGCCACGGCGGCGGCUGCGGCCUCGCGGGCCGCGGCCUCGCGGCCCGCGUCGCGCAGCUCGACCAGCAGAGGCGGCGCUGGCGGCGCCAGGGCGAGGGCCAGCAAGCAGGUGCCCGAGUUCCCCAUCUGCGGCGAGGUGGGCGAGUGGCAGCGCGCCAGGGUGUCGGGGCGCGUCCGCGUGCCGAAGCUCGAGAGCGACCAGGCGAGGCUGAAGCGGCUCUGCGUCUCUUGCCGCGAG